CUGGACAUGAUAAGUUGCCAGCCCCGCAGUUGAUAGAUGGAUGGAUGGAUGGAUGGACGGAUGGGUGGGUAUUUACCUACUUAUCUAGAGGGGAGGGGGGUUUGAAACACUGCUCAGCUGCAGGACCCCGAUGAAUGCAGCACUUGCCAUCAUCGCCACCACCCACCUUUUGGGGGGAGGGCACUCUGCUUUUUGGGUGUGUGGCAGUGGAGCGACGGUUGAUCAUGAGUCCAGCCUGCCUGUCUGCCUCUGGCUGGUUUUCUUUUGUUUUUGUUUUUGUUUUUGUUUUGUUUUUGUUUUUUGUUUUGACCUGAUUGAUUGAUUUGAUUUGAUAUAUUGGAGGAGAUAGAUUGAUUGCGCACCCAC